AUGGCUUUACUAGCCAGAACAGUACAAGAACGCAAGGAAGGCUCGACUCUUGUAGUAGAAGGUGUGAAUGUUCCUUCGCCACGGACUGAAUUGUUAAUCCGUGCGGAAAAUAUAAAGGAUUUAGUUCAACCUGAAGGUACCCCAAAGGAAACCUGCUACAUGUGUGCCCUGGGCUUGGAUGUAAAGCAUACGGAUGUCUUAAUUCUGAGUCAGUUCGUCAGAUCUGACGGCUGUAUGUUACCUCGCCGUAUAACUGGUCUGUGUCGACGCCAGCAGAAGAAAAUUGGGAAAAUGGUGUCCAUGGCACAGAAAGCUGGUUUGAUGAUAAAUCUGACACCAAGUUUCUGUAAGAAAGAUCCCAAGAAGAGGUUCGGCUUUAAGAAGUUCAACUCGUACUUUGACGAAACAACAAUAUUCCAGAAGAAAAAACUAACACCCUUUGAACAUAUUAAGUAUCGAUAA